UCUCGGAUAGCUGCGAAAGGGUUUCCUCUUUUUUCUGUUCCAAUUAAUCAAUUAAAAGUCGGUGAUUUUGACUGAUUGGAUUAUCCGAUGGCAGAUCCUAAUGUUCAACAAGGCAGAGCAGCGGCCAAGUGUAAUUACGUAGCAAACGAUGAAAUAUGGAAAGCCCAUGUGCACCAUGAAGAACAUGCAUCCAAAAGAUGGGGAACCAUUUGGAGUUUCUUGACACAAAGUAAAGAAGAUUUGAUGAAAGAUGACAUGCCAAACAGAAAGCCCAAGCGUGACAAGGACCUCCGCCUCCCAACCCCACUCCGUCUUCCUCCAAUCACCCCCACACGGGAGUACAUUCACGUUGGCCCUUGCCCAAAACCAUUCCCUAACACCACAGCAAAACAUAUCGGUUGGCGAUCAUCUGUCGAGGGCUUGAAGUUAGAAAAAUAUGGACGUUAUUGCCGAGCAAAGGGGAACUUGAUUGGACAGCUGAAGUGGCCUGCAGAGGCAAUCGAGUAAAAUGUCUGUUGACCAAGCCUUCGUUUGAAGCGAGUCCGUCCACUUUUCACUACCUGUUCGUGUUUGAUUGAAGAUUCACCAAGGCAUGUUGCACAGACUGAGAGACAGUCUGUUGACCAACACUUUAUAAAUAGGCAAAUGGAUGAAAUUUGCCGACCGUCUGCUAUCAUGUGGGCCCGUCCAAUCACUGCAUGCACUCAAGUGCUGUAGACUGCAAAAUUCUCGCACUCCUUAUUUUUGUGUUUCGCAAA